AUGUCCAACCACAGCACCAUGGCCGAGUUCCUGCUCCGGGGGUUCUCCGAUGUCCGGGAGCUUCAGGUUCUGCACUUUGUGCUGUUCCUGGUGUUUUACCUGGCAGCCCUGGUGGGGAAUCUUCUCGUCACCAUGGCAAUAGCCCUCAAUCACCAGCUUCAAACCCCCAUGUACUUCUUCCUGGUGAAUCUCUCCAUUAUAGACUUUGGCACCAUCUCCAUCACUGUCCCCAAGUCCAUGAGCAACUCCCUCUUGGACACCAAGUCGAUUUCUUAUGCAGGAUGCUUCACCCAAGUCUUUCUAUUCAUAUUCCUUGUUUCCACUGAAGUCAUCCUACUGACGGUAAUGGCCUACGACCGAUAUGUGGCCGUCUGCCACCCACUGCACUAUGAGCGUGUGAUGAACCAGAAAGCCUGUGUCCACUUGGCUGCUGGUGCCUGGCUUAGUGGUUUUCUGUACUCUGCCCUGCACACUGGGAACACAUUGGCCGUCUCGUUGUGUGGUAGCCUCGUGGUGGAUCAGUUCUUCUGUGACAUCCCCCAGCUACUCAAGCUGGCCUGCCAUGACUCCGGCCGCAAUGAAAUUUGGGUUAUUGCAUUUAGUACCUGCUUUAUCGUCAGCUGCUUUGUUUUCAUCAUUGUGUCGUAUGUUCAGAUCUUCAGAGCGGUGCUAAGAAUCCCCUCGGAGCAGGGCCGGCACAAAGCCUUCUCCACCUGCCUCCCUCACCUCGCUGUGGUCUCCUUGUUUUUUUCGACUGGCAUGUUCGCCUACCUAAAACCCAUCUUCACGUCCACAUCUCGCCUGGACCUCGUGGUGGACAUUUUCUAUUCCGUGGUGCCUCCCAUGCUGAACCCGGUCAUCUACAGCAUGAGGAACAAGGAGAUCAAAGCUGCCCUGUGGAAAUUGAUUGGGCAGAGGUUAUUCAUGGCACAGAAAAUGUCCCUCCUUUGCCUCUGA